CUCUCUAUAGUCUGCGCGUGCCUAGAACGCCCCCUCCCCACUUGCGUCGCGCGCGGGGCAUUGUAGGUGGCCUUGGCCGCGGCGGGCCUGACAGGCGGAGCAGAGCCAGAGCCUCAGCGGAGCGGAGGAGCCUCCUCUUCGCGCCUGGGCCGCGGGAUGGCGGCGGCGACGACGGCGGCAACGAAGGCGGCCUGCGCUGUGGCUGCGCGGGGCCGAUGCUGGGCGGCGCUGAGCCGGACAAGGGCCUCCUGCUGCUCCGGCCUGCCCUGUGGCGGGAGGGCGCUGCGAGGGGCGGCAGCGGCUGCGGCGCCCUGUACGGGCCUGGGGGCGUGGCCGGGCCUAACCCCGAGGAGGGCCCUUUCCUCACGGAACCGUCCUGAGGGCAAAGUGUUGGAGACGGUGGGUGUAUUUGAAGUGCCAAAGCAGCACGGGAAGUAUGAUACGGGACAGUUAUUUCUGCACAGUGUAUUUGGAUACCGGGGGAUAGUCCUCUUCCCUUGGCAAGCCAGGCUGUACGACAGAGAUGUUGCUUCUCCGCUGCCUGAAAAGGGCGAGAAUUCCGCUGGACACGGAUCCAAGGAAGUGAAAGGCAAGACGCACACCUACUACCAGGUGCUCAUAGAUGCUCGUGACUGCCCACAUAUAUCUCAGAGAUCGCAAACGGAAGCAGUGACUUUCUUAGCAAACCAUGAUGACAGCAGAGCCCUCUAUGCAAUCCCAGGACUUGACUACGUCAGCCACGAAGACAUCCUUCCCUAUACCUCCACCGACCAGGUGCCUAUCCACCACGAGCUGUUUGAGCGGUUUCUUAUGUAUGAUCAGACAAAAGUUCCUCCCUUCAUGGCAAGGGACACAUUGUGUGCGUGGCAGGAGAAAAACCACCCCUGGCUGGAGCUCUCAGAUGUGCACCGGGAAACCACAGAGAACAUCCGGGUCACGGUCAUCCCCUUCUACAUGGGCAUGAGGGAAGCCCAGAAUUCCCACGUCUACUGGUGGCGCUACUGUAUCCGUCUGGAGAACCUCAACAACGAAGUUGUGCAGCUCCGGGAACGGCACUGGCGAAUAUUCAGCUUGUCGGGCACCCUGGAGACUGUCCGUGGCCGAGGGGUAGUAGGGAGAGAGCCGGUCUUAUCCAAAGAGCAACCAGCCUUCCAGUACAGCAGCCAUGUCUCCUUGCAGGCAUCCAGCGGGCACAUGUGGGGCACUUUCCGCUUUGAGCAGCCUGAUGGCUCCCACUUCGAUGUCCGGAUCCCACCCUUUUCCCUGGAAAGCAAUAAGGAUGAGAAGACGCCCCCUUCUGGCCUCCAUUGGUAGAGCAUCCCUCAGGACCGGUUUACUCCCACCAGCCCCUCCCUCCAGCAAAGCCCCUUUCCUUCCUCCCCUCAAGGGCUGAAGCUAGUUCUGGGUUUAUUUUUAAAGACACCGUCUUGAACUCAUUCCCCGCCAUUUCUUCUAUCGGUGGCUGAAAUAGGGGAUUGCUUGGAACUCUUAAAAUAAACCUUGUUUUGGGGGCUGCUUGCCACCAUUAGCCCUCCUCCUCCCUCCCGUUCCCAGGUGCUUGGUGGACUCGAGAGUGUGGGGGGUGCCUAGAGCAAAGCUGCUGCUGGCGCAGCCCACGAGGGUCUCUGCUGAGUGUCGCGUGGAGCCUUUUUCUGAAUGUGAGGUGGUGUGCGUUUUUUCCUACAAAUAAAACAUGCCCUCCCCAGAAAUGCUUAAGUCUUCCGUUUGUAAACCACCCCCACCCACCCCCAGGCAUUUCUCUGGCCCUGAUACCAUCCAUUCCAGGUCUAGCCCUCCCCAGCAGUGAACAUGCCUUCCUUCGGGGGCAAGGCCAGAGGAGGAGUGGGGUGUGUGUGGAGGCUUCUACCCUACAUCCCCUGUCCAUUUCCUGUGACAGGAGUGGGGAAGGUGCUGCCCUCCCGUUGUUACUGGAGUCCCAGCUCCCAUUGUCAGCCAAGACACUCUUGGGUUGUCUGCUCCCGAUCCCAGAGACUGGGCCUUGGGCUAAAUGAGCAGCUUCAGGGCAACGCUUAAAUGCGCAGCGCCUCCAGCCUCAUUGUCGCUGACGUGACCCUGCCGGCUCCUGUCUCGCUGCAUGCUUGGAAUGGAGUGCAGCUUUAAAGAGUCCCGCUGCUCAGAGCAGAAGGUUGGAGAUGGAAGCAAGGCAGGCGGGCUGCAGUGCGGCUGGGCCUCAGUGCCGCUGCACCCUCUCUUGCUAAUAAAGCAACAGGGCCCUCUGGGCAGGGUGGGAACUGCCACUCCCUCGGCUCAUGGGAACUUUCCCUGCUUCUGGCGUGGCACCUAUGGAAGGUUAAAUCGUUUUAAGCCAGCCUUUGCCCAUCUGGUGCUCUCCUGAUGUUUUGGUCUACAGCUCCCGAGUUGGCAUCCAAAACGGGAAGAGCAUCAGGCUGAGGAAAGCUGUUUUUCAGCUGCAAAGGCAGCACCCGCUUUAAAACCAGGUUGGCCCUCCAGGUCAGCAUACUGAGGAAGGCCAAGCCCUGUGCAGGGGCUUCCUUCCCUCAACCGGCUUUGUAGAUUGCAAAGGCCACUUUUAUUUUCCCUGGAUUGUAGCCGUGUCCCGUGUAACCUACCAGGGUGGCUGUGGGGAGAGCUGUUGGGCAAGGCCAGCUCUGCCGGAGACGUCCCAAGGGGAGGGCGCUUGCUGUAGCCAUGCCAGUCCCCACCCCAUCGACUUGACUUCUAGGCCGCUGUUCUUCAUUUAUGUGCCUGCUGGUGGACCUUUAUUUAAAUCGAGCCAAGACAACCCAGGAAACCCUGCUGAGGCUCAGAACUGGAGCAAAGCUACACCUUUUACAAAGCGUUCCCGUCCCACUCACGGGCUGUGGAUAUGGAUGAAGCCAGCAGGGCUGGGGGGGCUCCUUGCCAUGUGGGGAGGGGACUUCUUUAGGCAGAGGGCUAUGUCAGAGCUCCUGGGGAUGUGUCCCCCCCCCUUAGCCACAUUAGUGCUUCCAGACUCUGGCAGAGGCUGGCUUUGUUAUGUAAAUAACUGUAAAAAUAAACAAAAACUGCUAUUCAAUAAAAACCGUUGGAGUAA